GUGGGGCGCGGGGAAGUCCCGUAUGGGGGACAGGGGACUCGUCUGUGGGACUUGGAUUGGGGACAGGGACAUCCCGCAGAGGGAUCCGAGUCCUCAGAUGGGGCCUGGGGACAUCCCUCAGAGGGACAGGGGACUCAACAGAGUCCUGUGGGGUACUGGAGCAGCCCUCAGGGGUACGUGGGGGUCAGGGGCCUGGGAUGGGGGAACAGGGAUAUCCCUCAGAGGGACCCCAGUGUCCUCAAAGGGAUCUAGGUGACACAGGGGCAUUUCUUUAGAAGAACUGGAGACUCCUCAGUAGGAUGUGGGGGACGUGGGGACAUCCCUCAGAGAAACAUGGGAGGGGACAAGGGUGUGCCUCCAAGGGACUUGAGGGACAGGGAUCUGAGGUGGCAGCACUGGUACGUCCCUUAGAGGGACAGGGAACUCUGCAGAGGGACUUGGAGGGGGCACAUGGACAUCCCUCAGAAGGUCUGGAGUUCUCAGAGGGAUCAUGGGGUCAUGGCGAUGUCCCUUAGAGGGACAGGGGGCUCCUCAGAGGGAUCUGAGUUCUCAAAGGGAAAUAGACAACAUGGGGACAUCCCUCAGGAGGAUCUAUGGGGCACAAGGAUGUCCCUCAGAAGGUCUUAAGGGACAGGGGCCUGGUGUGGGGGGACAGAGAUGUGCCAUCAGGGGAAUAUGAGUCCUCAGGUGGAUCAUGGAGACAUCCCUUAGAGAGGGACAAGGACUUCCCUCAGGAAGAUCUAUGGGACACAGAGACCUCUCUGACAGGGAACUGAGUCCUCAAAGGGAUGUAGGGAACACAGAUCCCUUAGAGGGAUCUGAUGGAGAAAGGGACAUCCCUCAGAGGGAACAGGAAACCCCUUGGUGGCACUUGGGGUUCCUCCAGAGGAGCUUAGGGACCAGGAGGACACUGGGGGGAGUCCCUUGGAGGGAUGAUGCCCUGCAAGGGACAGGGACACGAGCUGACGUCCCUGCAGACAUCGCCUACCUGCGCUCGGUUCUGCCCAGCACGACGGAGGAUGCCUUCUUCGAUUACCUCUGCACUGUGGAUGCCUCUGAGGUGACCGUCACCUCUGUGCCUGAAGGCUCUGUUGUCUUCUCCAGGGUCCCGCUCCUACAGGUGAAGGGACCGCUGCUGGUGGUGCAACUGCUGGAGACCACCUUGCUGUGCUUGGUCAGCUACGCCAGCCUGGUGGCCACCAACGCCGCUCGAUUCCGCCUCCUCGCUGGCCCAGAGAUGAAGCUGAUGGAGUUGGGUCUACGUCGCGCCCAGGGUCCAGAUGGUGGACUUUCUGCCUCCAAGUAUUCCUAUAUCGGAGGCUUUGACUGCACCAGUAACAUCCUGGCAGGGAAACUCUAUGGCAUCCCAGUGCGCGGCACCGUCGCCCAUUCCUUCAUCAUGUCCUUCAGGUCGCUGGAGGAGGUGCAGCCCAGAGUCCUGACACCGCUGGCAGGUGGGGAGCCCAUGGAUCUCCCAUCCCUGGCCGAGUCAUGGCUGCAGCGGGUGUGUGAGCUGCUGGGGACCCCCAGUGACAAACCCAACCGCGGUGAGCUGGCUGCCUUCGUGUCCUACGCCAUCGCCUUUCCACAGGACUUCCAGGGGCUGCUGGACACCUACUGUGUCAUGAGGAGCGGUUUGCCCAAUUUCUGUGCAGUAGCGUUGGCCCUACACCAGUUGGGGUACCGCGCCAUCGGGGUGCGCCUGGAUAGCGGGGACCUCAUCCAGCAGUCCAAGGAGACCCGGGGGGUGCUCCGAGCCUGCGGUGCUCACUUCCAGGUGCCCUGGUUUGGGAGCAUCCCCAUUGCUGUGAGUAACGACAUCAGCGAACGGAGCCUGGAGGACUUUGUCCGAGAGGGAAGCGAGAUUGACAUGGUCGGCGUGGGGACAAACCUGGUGACGUGUCCCCUGCAGCCAUCGCUGGGCUGUGUUUACAAGCUGGUGGAGGUUAAUGGCUCCCCGUGCCUGAAGUUCACAGAGGAGGAGGAGAAGAUGACGAUCCCAGGGAUUAAAGCAAUAUAUCGGCUCUACGAUGAUGCUGGUCAUCCCUUCAUGGACCUGAUGGCCCUGGAGGAUGAACCCUCACCCAGCGUGGGGCAGGAGUUGGUGGUCCACGUCCUGGGGAGGAAAGGAGAGGCCACCAAGGUCUGGCCAAAUGCAGUGGAGCCCCUCCAUCGCAUGUACUUGAGAGAUGGACAGGUGUGUGAGGAGCUGCCCAGCUUGCAGGAGGUACGGGGCCAUGCGCAAGCAUCCCUUAACCUGCUCAGCCCUGUGCACCGCCAGCUUCGCAACCCCCAGCCCUACCCGGUGGCAGUGACAGAGAAGCUGUAUCUCCUCCUUGCAGAGCUGCAGCGUGCUAGCCAGUGAGGGGUCCCCCAGAUCACCCCCCAGCACUGGGACCAGCACUUCUGCUCUUUGGAAGACCAGGCGACUAAUUGGGAUGGUUCUAACGGUUCUGCUGCUCUGUGGUGCUUCUUCGAGGACAGUGCAAGAUCUGCACGAGCUCCCUGUGGUCCCCUCACUGCAAAGCUGUGGACAAAAGGAGGGGGCAGACAGAGCUGGGAGGGGAUGAGAGAGCCACAUCCAGCCACAUCCACUGCAUUGCUGUGGGAGCAACGCGUCUUCUUCCUUGCUGACCUCGGUGGCCCAGCCAACCCUGUGCGUUCAGUGGUGACAGGAUUGAUGUCACCCAUCCCUAACGCUCAGCAGGAGCCCAUGUCCCCAUUUUGUGGCAUCCUACACCUAAUUCUUGCACCAAAGCCUUUGGAGUGUCACUGGGAGUACCCAUGGGCCAGCAGCAAUGAGUGGCUGAAGGUUUUACCAAAUAUCAUCCAGAAACGUUGCAUGGAAUGGAUAAAAAUGUCAAAGAAUAAAUCAUGUGCCUUUCUGA